UUCAAUCUAUUUCCAUAUACAUUUUCAUAUUGAUAUCUUAGAUCUAUAUACCUCAAUUAACCCCUUGCUAGCUAUCAUCAUGGCUGAGGAGAAGCACCAUCACCACCUCUUCCACCAUGACAAGGAUGAGGAUAGGCCUAUAGAGACUGGCUAUGCUGAUGAGGUUGACUAUAAGAAAGAGGAGAAGCAUCACAAGCAUCUUGAGCACAUUGGGGAACUUGGUGCUGCCGCUGCUGGUGCUUAUGCCUUGCAUGAGAAGCACCAAGCAAAGAAAGAUCCAGAACAUGCUCACAAGCACAAGAUAGAAGAGGAGGUUGCGGCAGCAACUGCUGUUGGAGCCGGUGGUUUUGCCUUCCAUGAACACCAUGAGAAAAAGGAAACUAAGAAGGAAGAUAAGGAAGCUCAUGGAAAGAAGCACCACCAUCUGUUUGGCUGAAGAUAACAAAUAUAAUCAAUUAAGCUCAGAAUGUGUAUCUUUAUCUUCCUAUUCCAGUGUGUCUCUAAAUAACUUUUGAGCCAGUUUGGAGAGUGUUUAAUUCCAUGGAUUACUUCGUAUAUUUGCAUAUGUAAUGUUUGC